CACAAUUAAUAACCAUAUAUUGUCACUUAGAGAAAUGGACAGGGGUGAGAAGGAAAUGUUCAUUAUGGGAAGCCUUCAACAAGUAAGUGCUGAUGAAACUUUGAAAGGUAAACAUAGAAAAAGGACAAGAUUUAGGUACGUGUUUCAGGGAAAAAGGUGUGCAAGGACGUGUUUUUAUAUAUAAACGAUAUAGGAAAGAAAUCGUUGAGGAACAUCGUUGACCAUUUUAGUAUGAAUGGGGCAGUACCACGUACCCAUGGCAACACCGGACGAAGACCGCAUCAUGCUCUUGGAUACAAUGAGAUCAGGUUUUGUGUUGACUGGUUGAUAUGGUAUGCCGACAUACAUGGUUUACCCAUGCCUGCAGCUCCGAGAGGACAUGACGGAGAAGCUCCUAUAUUGCUGCCAUCUAAUGUCACAAAAUGUAGUCUGCACACAUUAUAUUCUCAAGCCUGUAUAGAGUCUCAGGUUAGAAAGAUUGGAUUGUCAUCGUUUAAGAACGUAUGGAGUAAUGUUGUGCCGCACAUAAGAAUAAUGACUCCAAAAGAUGAUGUUUGUCAUAAGUGUGAACUUUUACGCCACAAGGUUGUAGAUGCUGUGACAGAGGACGCAAAAUUAGAUGCAGCAAAUCAUCUCCGUGAACACGUGCAGGAUGCAAAGGCUGAACGAGAAGUAUAUCAGACAGCAGUUGUCCAGGCAAGAGAAGAAAUGUCAACUCACAGACGACAUGACAGACCAGUAACUCCAGUAUCCGCAGAUUUAAACAAAGUACGUUGCUAUAAUAGUUACAUUCGAUCGCUUCUUAUUAUGAAUCUUACUUUUUAAAAUAAAUCACUAAUCUAUUGUAUGUAUACUUUAUUUGUAGCUUAUGUCAUGAUAAAAUAUAAUCAAAUACCACAAAUGAACUAUCAAAUUGCUACAGUAUGAAUGAUAGAUGAAGUGAUGAAAGAGAAUAAAGAAGGAAAUAAAUGCUGAUAAAAUUAAAUUUGAUAAAUAAAAUCGUUAUGUUUGAUAGCACAUUCAUCUAAUCCAGGAUUAGUUUAAUCCAUA